UGACCCCGUCUCCUCUAGACUGCAUGCAGUUUUUGGUAUUAAAAUGUUUUCUGUUCUACCAACCAUUGUGUUGUUGCUGCAUAUUUGAGAUGACAGACUCACGUUAAGCUACUUCACCCCCCGGAUUAAGUUUCCCACCAACUACGGGGACCGACGAGACGGGAGGCGAGCAACGUUUCAGCUGUUAUUUUUGAGUCCGUGUAAUUUAAAAAAAAAAAAAAAAAAGUCAGGAGCUGUUGUCGGUAAAAGCAGCUAGCGCUAGCUGACUGGUCGGACUGGCGACGAGGCCCCAACCAAACCGGACGGGAUCACUGGGGGAACCAUGGCCAAUAUUGCUGUUCAGAGGAUAAAACGGGAGUUCAAGGAGGUUCUGAAGAGCGAAGAGACAAGCAAAAACCAAAUAAAGGUAGACCUGGUGGAUGAGAACUUCACAGAACUCAAAGGAGAAAUAGCAGGGCCUCCUGACACGCCAUAUGAAGGAGGUAGAUAUCAACUAGAAAUUAAAAUUCCAGAGACGUAUCCAUUCAAUCCACCCAAGGUGCGGUUUAUCACAAAGAUCUGGCAUCCCAAUAUCAGCUCAGUCACAGGUGCAAUAUGUCUGGACAUCCUUAAAGAUCAGUGGGCAGCAGCCAUGACACUGAGGACGGUCCUCUUGUCAUUACAAGCCUUACUGGCAGCAGCAGAACCAGAUGAUCCACAGGAUGCUGUGGUAGCCAAUCAGUACAAGCAGAAUCCAGAGAUGUUUAAACAGACAGCAAAACUCUGGUCUCACGUCUACGCAGGAGCUCCCGUCUCCAGUCCGGAGUACACACGCAAAAUAGACAAACUCUGUGCCAUGGGCUUUGAAAAAAAUGCAGUAAUAGUGGCGUUGUCGUCAAAAUCCUGGGACGUGGAGACGGCAACAGAGCUCCUCCUCAGUAACUGAAUUUUGACACCCUUCGUGUUCCUCCUGAUCCACAUGUCUGUCUUCAACCGUACACACCCUCUUUCCUCCAAACUCCUGCUGUCUGAAGGCGAAUCCUGCUCGAGCCUAUCCUCUGUUUUUACACCGGACACGUUCCCCUUCUUCUCCUCUCUAUCUUCACCGUGUGACAUCUCCUCUGUCCCGUCUGCUGUAUCAUACUUCAAUCAUCUGCUCUGUCAGCUCUUACCUCUGGUUUCUUUAAGGCCACCCAACAUUCCACUUAGUGAUACAAUCAGCAAUCGACAUCCACUUUGAAACAAAAUAGAAACCAAACCCUACCCACAUCUGUCACUCUGUCCCAGUUUUCUGGCUCUGUCCAAAAAGCGGCUGUCAGCGGCUUAUCCUUGCCUAUGCAGUGCAUUUAUUUUUCAUUCAUGCUAACCUUUUCGUUGUAGAGGGUCAAGCCAUUUAAAGCAGCUUUGUUUUAGUUUUUGCUCCUGAUUCUUAUUCAAUAAACUUUUGGCAUGUUUUCUAAAAAAAAAAAAAAAAAAAAA